GAUAAGCUGAAAUAUUAAUAGUUCUAUCUCCAUCAGGCUCUCCUGCAGCCAGAUAGCAGGACUCCCACAGAGCCCUGCCGGAGAAGUGGUUCCCAGCAAGUCAGCUUGUAAAGCGGGUUGGAUUUGAGAGAUUCUGAAACCAGUUAAAGUUGGAGUACACUUGACCUUGCAUUUUAAUAGAUUAUUUUCCUUUCUAGUUCUUGGGCUUGCGCAAGUUUUAGGACAGAUGGACUUAAAACCUGCCUGACCGUGGACCCCUCACCGGAACACCUGCAGUGCUUAUUGCAGGAGUGACCAGGAUACUACCUUCUAGAAGUAAUGCCCACAGAAAGCGGAAGUUGUUCGACUGCUCGCCAAGCAAAACAAAAGCGCAAAUCUCAUAGCCUUUCUAUAAGAAGAACUAACAGCUCAGAACAAGAGAGGACUGGACUACCAAGAGAGAUGUUAGAAGGACAAGAUUCCAAACUGCCUUCUUCAGUUCGCAGUACAUUGCUGGAACUGUUUGGUCAGAUAGAAAGAGAAUUUGAAAAUCUUUACAUUGAAAACUUAGAAUUGCGCAGAGAAAUUGAUACUCUUAAUGAACGCUUAGCUGGUGAAGGACAAACGAUUGAUGGGGCGGAAUUGAGUAAGGGCCAGCUCAAAACAAAAGCGAGUCACAGCACCAGUCAGCUUUCUCAGAAGCUAAAGACCACCUACAAGGCUUCAACCAGCAAGAUUGUCUCCAGCUUUAAGACUACCACAUCAAGGGCCAUCUGCCAGCUUGUGAAGGAGUAUAUUGGCCACAGGGAUGGUAUCUGGGAUGUCAGUGUUGCAAAGACCCAGCCUGUGGUUCUUGGGACAGCGUCUGCCGAUCACACGGCUUUGUUGUGGAGCAUAGAGACUGGCAAAUGUCUUGUCAAAUAUGCUGGCCAUGUAGGCUCAGUAAAUUCUAUAAAAUUUCAUCCCUCAGAGCAGUUGGCUCUUACUGCUUCUGGAGAUCAGACUGCUCAUAUUUGGAGAUACGUGGUACAGCUUCCAACACCUCAGCCUGUUGCUGACACUAGUCAACAAAUUUCUGGUGAAGAUGAAAUAGAGUGCUCUGAUAAAGAUGAGCCUGACAUUGAUGGAGACGUGUCCAGUGACUGUCCUACUGUCCGAGUCCCGCUGACAUCUCUCAAAAGCCAUCAGGGUGUGGUUAUUGCUGCUGACUGGCUGGUUGGUGGGAAGCAAGUGGUGACAGCCUCAUGGGACAGAACUGCCAACCUAUAUGAUGUGGAGACAUCUGAACUUGUUCAUUCUCUGACAGGGCAUGACCAGGAGUUAACACACUGUUGCACUCACCCCACCCAGCGGCUCGUGGUGACCUCUUCCCGUGACACAACUUUCCGUCUUUGGGAUUUCAGGGACCCUUCCAUCCACUCCGUGAAUGUUUUCCAAGGACACACGGACACUGUGACCUCUGCUGUGUUCACUGUGGGAGACAACGUUGUUUCAGGCAGUGAUGACCGCACAGUAAAAGUCUGGGAUUUGAAAAAUAUGAGAUCUCCAAUCGCAACAAUUCGUACAGACUCUGCCAUUAAUAGGAUCAAUGUAUGUGUUGGCCAAAAAAUCAUAGCUCCCCAUGACAACCGGCAAGUGCGAUUGUUUGACAUGUCAGGAGUGCGACUAGCCCGGCUUCCCCGGAGCAGUCGGCAGGGUCACAGACGAAUGGUUUGCUGCUCAGCGUGGAGUGAAGACCACCCCAUAUGCAACCUGUUCACAUGUGGGUUCGAUAGGCAAGCUAUUGGUUGGAACAUCAAUAUUCCUGCAUUGUUACAAGAAAAAUAAGUCACUGGUGUUCCUUAGUUUGAAGUUUGCCAUGGACCUUUGAUUCAUGCAGGCUCUUCUGCAUAUUAAUCAGCCAUUAUAGUGAGAGUUUGGCCCUGGGAAGGGUGCCUUGUAUAUGUUCUUUUCACAUCGUGCCCAGCUUGCAUGAAAUGUACAGAGAGAUGUGUGAUUCUGUUUUUUAUUUUUGUCUUGUGUAUAUUGGCAUCCUCUGGACAGUAGAAGUGAAGCUCACCUCCCAUGUAGCAUACAAAAUGCUUUGAGUUGUUGACGUUGACAGACGAGCAGUAGGGCAUUACAUUACAUUAUAUGAAUUAAAUGUGAACUGUGUACCUGUUGUGAGGCAUACCCAGUCUGUUACAUUGUCUGGAGUAACUAUCCAUAUCUACCUUGUCCUGGGAAGACUGCAGAGCUCAUUUGCGUUGGCUAUGGAGAAGCAGGACUGAUAAAGAUUUCAGACUUGGUUUGUGUGAAGUUGGAGCAUGUGUCGUUGUGUAAUUCCAUUUCAGCUCUUAACUUUUGUUCCAGUUAUGUAAAAGUUACCUGGAUUUACAACAUUUGUGCAGAGUUUCUUUUGAGAAGAAAACAUUUCUGUUCGUUUAUACAAAAGGAUUUCAGUUUCCUGAGGUCUCAUACAAGCAAAUUUUAAAAUAUGAUUCUAAUCACUGAUUUUAGACAUUAAACAAAAUUCAAAGCACUUUAAUUUAUAGCUGUGUUUAUAAACAGAUUUUAGAAGUUUCCAAUGACUUAUCCAUUGAAUGUGACUUGCCCUUUAUACAAAGGCCCUGCUACCUGAAGACAGAAUCUUAUUUAUUUUCUACACCUUUGAUUUGCGUAUUUCUAAAUGGGUUCACUUCCUUGGUGGUAUUUGAGAGCCAAGAAUGCAAAUAAAUGAGCACUACCUCAAAAUAAAUAUUGGGAAAACUUUGGAGUCUCACUGUUGCCUAGAUAGAGCACUUGGAUUUAAAGCUGGAAUAUUGAAUUCAAGGUAGAAGGCAAGAAAGACAAUCAUACCAAACAUGUCCUGAAGGUGAAAGGCUCUCUAGUUAGGCUGGAAAAGGGAUAGCCAUGGCAGACAGUUCAUAGGCAACAAUAAGUAUUUGUCUAGAACAGCUUGGAUACCUCUCAGUGCCAAUCCUACUACUGCACAAGUGAGCCUUUCCUUCUUGCCUUCUAGAAAUCACUGUUCAUCUGAUAUUUAUAAGUGUGUUUCUUACAGAGUUACAGUUUUGAUAAAGAGACAUCUCAGUUACUGCCCCUCGUACUUAAACCCUUUACAUACCGCCCUUUGGAGACUGACCACUUGGGGAGAAGAGAAAAGUUAGUAUGCUGUUAUGGUUAACCCACCUCAUACCUCUCCCUCAGGUCCCUGUUUUUUCUUUGGGUGGCACAGGAGGGCACCUGAACUAGUAAGUGGUAGGAAGUUUGGUAUAAGAUGUGUAUUGUUGUGCAUAGAACAUUUGGGUGCCCUUUGGUGGCACUUUCCAGGACUGAGAACUUGAUUAUUGGCACCUUUGACUUGGGCACCAAAGGAGCUGAUAUUAGGAACUCCACAUCUGACUCAUUUAAAAUGAUUCUUUGAGUAAUUUUUUUUCAACUAAAAAAAAAAUUGUAUUUUUAAAGUCUGACCCUUUCUGAUCACAAAUCUCACCAUGGAGUGUUUGAGAACUGAGUCAGACGGGCCACUGUAGUUGAUUACAUUUUUAAGACCUAGCUCUGGCUGUUUUGAAUGUAUUUUGCUUGAUGGUGGAGUACUGUAGGAUGAUGUCCCCAGUGGCCUGCUUUACCUUAAAGCCACAGGGUUUUCUUAUCCUCUCCAUUCCAUUAUAUUCACAGAGUUGUUAAUGAUGGUGAAAAGCCCAUGUUCUUACGUUCCUUGUAUCUUAAUCUGAAAGUCUAGGUAUAGUUAGGAGCAUUGAAAAAAAGUAUGCAAAUACAAACAGCAAAAUCAAACGUAAGAACCAGAUCUCUGCCAGACACAGUUUUGAAGCUUUAAAAAAUUUCUGUUGGUGACCAUUUAGUUCUAUGCAGACUAGUGACCUUCACUGCCAAUAGCUGCUUAUUUUCUUUGGCUAACUGGAGGGACCAGCCUCUGACACAGAAAUGAGGCUCUUCACUCAAUUUCCAGAAGACCCUAAUGGUGCUCUACCAGAGUGCUGAGGAGCAGGAUGGGACUUACUAUUAACUGCUGUGUCAUUUGUUCGAAUCCCAUGGCUGCUGUGGUCAGUGUUACCUUUAAGAGUUUAUGACUGGCACGGGCUUGUGCUCACGAGUAUGUGCAGGCUUGUGUGCAUGUGGCUAAGGGUAAGUCAUGCUAUCAGCCACAUGUGAUCUCAUUAGAAAUAGUGUUUGGAAAUAGGAACACUAUUAUGUGCUAGAGUGUCCAGAAUUUCAUUUAAUAAUGGAGGGGAAAUGUGUGGUUAUUAAAUGUGCAUUGAUACAAAAUUUCCCAAGAGAUUUCUUGUUGGACAGAAUUAUCACCAACCCCCCAUCUUAACUGCUGCAUCCCAGUUUCUGUAGAGUCCAAAAAGCUCUGUACAUAUUUGGGAAUCUGAAGACUAUGUAAUUCAUUUGUUACUUAAAUCUGUGAAGAAAAAGUUUUGUUUUGUUUUGUUUUUUUGAGGGAAAAGUGCAUUUAUAAGUGUUCUGUGGAAUCAGCUAUCUUUACUGUAUUGAUGUAAUUGUUUGUAAAUGUUCAGUGUCUUCAUUGAAAUAUGAAGUUCAUUAAAACAUUUGUGUUCUGUAAUUAC